GGUUAAUCAGAAAGUUCAUGGAAUUAGGAAGGAGGAAGUGAGGGCAACUUUGAGGAUGAUGUAAUGUGGAAAAGCUGUUGGUUCAGAUGACGUUCACAAGAGAGUGCUGUGAACUUUCUGACAAAGGUAUAAAGCUGAUUAGCCAUACAAUGAAGGCAUGGGAAAGAGGCAAGGCUGAGACAAGAGGUUAGGAUUGGUGGGCAGCAGGUUGGUUUUAUGCCAAGGAAAAGCACAGCAGAUUAACUCUUUGCUCUAAGAGUGCUGGUAGAAGAAGGUUAGAGGGAGUUGAGCUGUGUCUUUGUAAGUUUAAGGAAAGUAUAUGAUAGGGUGCCCAGAGAGGAACUGUGGUACUGUGUGAGACAGUCAGGAGUGGCAGAGAAGUAUGUGAGGGGCUGUGUAAGGUUUUCUCUGGGAGUGACAAGGACAGACAGCAUGAUGAGCAGAUUUGAGGGGCAGUUAAGGGGGAGCAGUUUGGAGAUAAAGUUAGAGAAAAAUUAGAUGUUAGAUGUUUUGGACGUGUGUUGAGGAGAGAUACUGGAUAUAUUGGACAAAGGAUGUGCGAGGUGGAGUCACCAGGACAAAGAAAAAGAAGAAGACCUCAGAGGAGAUGUACAGAUGCCCUGAAAGAAAACAAAGUGUUUUGGUCAUGUUUGGUAGAGGGAGAGGCAUUAAUGUAAAAAAACCCAAAACAAAACAAACUCCCAGCAUCUAAAAAGAAAAACAAAGGGGUUGUAAUUCUUUCUAUCCGAAGUUCUCUUACGGAACUGUAGGAGACUUUGAGGACAAGAUGAGUUUUAAGGCUUGACUGUUUUCCAACAGCAUUACAACAACAGUGAUGUACUCAGUAGUUCGGCCGCCCCCUCUUUUCAGUCUAUUGAGCAGCUGCAGCCAAUCCGCGGCCUCUGCUCAUUGUGCACAAAUAACAACAGAGUGCGCCCGCUGUAUUUAAACCAGCAGGCAGCAGCUGUGGCAUGACCAGAGCACUGACACCGCACCAGUGACGGAGGAAACAUCAGCAUCGACACCUCCAUCUCACCAUCACAGCUCCAGGACCAAAGUGAAGCAUGGAUCCCAUCAGGCGCGCUGACUCGGCUCGCCGCAGCUUGUUUGGCCCCGUGGACCACGACCAGCUGCGCCGGGACCUGAAACAGAGGAUGAUGGAGAUGAUGGAGGAGGACAGGCGCCGCUGGAACUUUGACUUCCACACUGACACGCCGCUCCCAGGCAGGUUUGAGUGGGAGGAAAUACCCACAGACUGCGCUGCUCAUUUGUACCAGGCACAGCUGCGAGACGCCGGUUCGCUUUCACGCACUGAAGAUGAUGACAGCGACCAUGAUGGUGCGGGUGACAGACUGAGCCACCGUGAUGGCAGCACAGGCACCGACCAGGAGAACUGUCCCAGCAUCUCAAACACCCACAAGUGUCCCGCAGAGGUGACGCCCGUCCGGAGGAAAAGGUCGCACUCCAAAGCUGCAGCCAAACCUAAGAGCGACCCACGGAUCACAGAUUUCUUUGCAAAAAGAAGGAAGACAUCAGAAACCAAGAGCAUCCUGACUCACACAAAUGAAUCAGCGUCCUGCAGAACAAUAAGAUGAUCAUCGAACUAAAACAAAAACAUGAACUGAACCUCCUCACUGCACGACAAGGAGUUGAACUUGAAUACAUCUUAUUGUUUUAUUUAUCUUUCUUUUUUUAGUUUAUUAACAUGAAAUUCUACAAUUUUGUGUUAUUUAUUUUAUUUAUGGUCCAUGAUUUUAAUUUAACGUCUUUUAAACUAUCUUUUUCCACUUGGUAAUUUCUCUGAAUAUAUUUAACUUGUCAAAAAUGUUUUGGGGAUAAUUUAUUUAAUUUUUUUAACAAAAGAACUAUUAAAAUGUGUUUAUUCAAUUUGCUUUGUUCAUUUAGUUUCUUUGUCUAUUGUCUUUUAAUUCAUUGCACUGAGCUGCUUCUGCUGACUUCUGAUCAAAAAGCACUAUUGUGUCUCCAAAUGAAAGUUUGUAAAGAUAGCAAAUAAAGUUUUUAAUACUAGCUAUUGAUACUUAAUGUUGCUUCAUUUACUACAACCCCACUGUUUACUGAUGUGUUUGGUUAAAUGCAAUUUUCAAAUUCCCCAGUUGACCAAGGGAACCACAGGGAAGA